AUGGCUUUGACAUGGCAUCCAUUCGUUAUGAUCGAAGUGGUUAUUGUACCGAUCAGUGCAGGCUUGCUUUUCAUUGUUUUUCAGAGAUUGGGCUUCUGCAUUUUUGAUGAAUAUCUAAUAGAGUUAGUUGAAACUAUACCAUCGGUUUUGGAUUUUCACAAUAGUAGCCUUACGAGUUCGUCAUUCUACGAGGUCUGGAAACAAUUAUUGGAUAAUGCCGAAGUUUCUAUUGAUGUUGCGUCUUUCUACUGGAAUCUUCGAGAUCCUGUAGCACAUUCAUCCUUUUGGCAGGGAAAUGAUACAUUCGAAAGAUUUGUCAAAGCUGCUAAGCGUGGUGUUCGGGUUAGUUAUGCAACUGUACGAAAUUUGGAUAUGGCGAAACUGAUGAAUGGUAAUGGGGUUCUUCAUGCCAAAUUCUGGAUUGUCGAUUCUCGGCAUGUUUACAUUGGAUCAGCUAAUAUGGAUUGGAAAUCUCUUACAGAGGUCAAAGAACUAGGCGUUGUGAUUUGGAAUUGCACGUGUAUAGCAAAUGACUUGUAUAAAAUUUUCACUGUUUAUUGGCGUCUUGGAGUGAAAGGAGCAAAAAUUCCAUAUAAAUGGCCAUUGAAUUUAAGAACUUAUUUCAAUUUCUCGCAUCCACUUAAACUUCUCAGUGCCAAAGACGCCGGUACAUUCAUAUCGAGUUCUCCUCGUCAAUUCAACGCGAAAGGACGUGAAGAAGAUAGUGAUGCUAUCGUUGCAGUGAUGGAUGAUGCACAAGAAUUUGUCCACAUAUCGGUGAUGGAUUACAUGCCUGCAACCAUUUAUGGGACUUCUAAUAUAUAUUGGCCAAAAUUAGAUGAUGCAAUACGUGCAACAGUUUAUCGUGGAGUAAAUGUUCGAUUACUGGUGAGUUAUUGGAAAUAUUCUCGACGUGAAAUGAUUCAUUUCUUGAAAUCAUUGUUUGAAAUUAAUGAUGGUGUGCCAAGAAGAGCAAACCAUUCUGGAAAAAUCGAAGUGAAGUUAUUUAUAAUUCCAAUGGAUCCGUCCCACGAAGAAAUCCCGCACACUCUUGUAAAUCAUAAUAAAUAUAUGGUUACGGAGAAAAUCGCUUAUUUUGGCACGUCGAAUUGGGCUGGUGAUUACUUUAUCAGUACUGCUGGUGUUGGAAUUUCCUUCACCUCGUCAACACUCGUUAAAUCCUUAAAUGCUAUUUUCAUGAGGGAUUGGACAUCUAAAUAUGCUAAAACUAUCAGGGAAUUCUUAUCAGAUGAACUUUCUGUGCCUAAAGGCAGAACUGAAGUAAAACGAGUUCUUAACAAAUGUAUGGCUUGCAGACGGUGGACAACCAAACCGUUCAAGCUACCACUCAUGCCUAAUCUACCAGAAAUUUGGGUUAAACGUUCCGGAACCAUUGCACAUAGAAAGAAAAGAAAACGUGCAUCUCCGAAAUGUGUAAAAACCAGAACACCACACGAAGGGGAGAUGGUGCUAGUCAAUGAACUAGAAACCCCUCGCGAAAUUGAGAGCGAUACAGAUACACAAGAAUCAGAAUCAUCCGACGAGCCAACGCGAGAAAUGGAUAAAGAACCUAUCGCUCAACGGACAAGGAGUGCUAUAAAACGCCAAACACAAGUGGAAACUACAAAAAUUCCAUUAUGA